GACCAUUAUAUUCUUUCCACCCUUGCAAUGACAACACCUCUAUCUGCAUCUGGGGGUGUCUUCAUUACUUUCCGAAAUUUGGAGGAGACAAAUUUUUGGACCAAAGUUCAGGGUUGAAAAUAAUUCGUCUGUUCAUUGUGCCUUCCUUGCGUUGUUCUCUUCUGUUCUUUCUGACAAAAGUUCAUUAAUUAAUUAACAGGAUAAUGAACAGGAAGGAACGAGCCUAAUUUCACAUUUAAUUAACCAAAAAAACCAAUACCCAACUGAUAAAUAAUUCAAUGUGAAAAGAAAGCAAAUGAAAUCAAAGCCAGAAGAAGAAACAAAUAACUUCUCUCCGUCUCUCUCUCUUCAAUUUCAUCUCUUCAGGUUUAUGCAAUUGAGUUUGGGUUUAAUUUGUUUCCUGUUUUGAACCAAUCAAACGAACAAAUUUGUAGAUUCGGCUUCUGACAAUUUCGCCAGCCAUGGAAGAAGGGGUACUUUAGGAGAGGAAGAGAGGAGUCAGUGAACUUUCUAUGACAUAUGAGAUUCAAGUGAAAUGCAUUUUGAAGAAAGUAAAGUAUCUCUGGAGAAGAAUGUGAAAAGGCGGUUCAAGACUCAAGCUCAGGUUAUGGCUUUGGAGAACUUCUAUAAUGAGCACAAAUACCCCUCAGAAGAAAUGAAAAUGCAACUUUCAGAGCAGAUAGGCUUGACAGAAAAGCAAAUAUCUGGAUGGUUUUGCCACAGGCGGUUAAAAGACAAAAAAAUUGAUGAAGGAUUAGCUAGUGGACGACAAGAUCGUUCCAGUGUUAUUAUUCAGGAUCGUGGGAGUGGACUCUGGCAAGAUUCUUGUGGCAGCACCAAACAAGGGGAUAUUAGAACUAUUGAUCCUAGGGAGGUUGAGAGUCGCAGGCUCAGUGGCCAAGAUGCUCCCUCUUCAGAUCUUGUAUAUGAUUAUAGGAGUCAGUAUACAGGACAUAUUAGUGGGAUGGAAAGGGAUGAUACUUCUUCAGAAAGCAGCUCAUUCUUGCAAGAUAGGAUUUAUUCUCGAAUUGAUGAUCUGUAUACUAUGGAAGCAUCUAGAUACAAUAGACAAAAUGGAGCUAUUACCCCCAUAAAUUGCAAAGCCACUAGAAGUAAGGAAUAUAAGCCAUCAGGAUAUUUGAAAGUGAGGGGUGAAACUGAAAAUGCUGCUAUUACUGCUGUUAAGAUUCAACUGGGGAGGCAAUAUCGAGAGGAUGGUCCAUUACUUGGUAUUGAAUUUGAUCCACUUCCUCCUGGUGCAUUUGAAUCCCCAAGUAAUGAACCAGUCAAUGAGCCAUCCCAUGUUGAGGAAUCCUCAUGGCCCCAUUCUUUGGAUGUACCUGGAGUUGAAAAGCGAAGUGAUCUUGGCACUAGAUAUGAAGUGCGUGGUUCCAACUCCAAGAUGGAGAUUGAGGAUUCUUAUAUUGGCUCGGAAAGCCUUAAUACACUGCAUGGAUCUGAUUGUCACGGCAUGAAAUCUUACCGUCAAUCAAAACAAAAGUCUUCUCAUCUAUGUUAUUCUAAUUUCUCUCCUGGACCGAAUUCUAAGAUGGAUGUAUAUGAAGAUUCUGCUGGAGAAACCCCUAUAUACAAUGCCAACCAGGGUUAUAAAUUGAGUAGCAAGUAUGAUGCUGUAGGGAAUUCUGUUUUGAGAGAUCAUCAUUGCCGUGGUGUUAGAAUCACUAAUGAACAAAUGAAGCCUUUGUUUCAUGACUACAAUAACAUAAACCCUAAGAUUGUCCAAAACAGUGAUUACUUAUCUAAGCCUUCAAAUAUGACGCUGGGGAGCAGUAAUUUUCUUGAUGCAGCAGAGAGAAUCACAUCUAAAAGGAUAGCAAAGGUGGAGAAACUUUUCAGGGAGAAGAAGGUGAUAAAAGAGAAUCAUGACCCGGUAAGAUUAAAGAAGCAUCUGAAAACUGAAAUGAAAGUUGCAAAACGACAAAAAGUUGGUCUUCCUCGGCAAGAUAAUCUGGUCAAAUCAUUGUAUGGUGAAAUCCCGAGAUGGAGAAAUCAGAUUAAAGGGUUUGCUGCUGAUAUGCCAUCUAGCUUCAGUGAGGAUGAGACUGCAGAAACUAGUUCUUCUAUGGAGUGAAGAUUUUCCAUUUAAUGGAUGGUUCAAAUGUUUGAGAGUUUCUCAGUAUCACAUGCAGGAGACUUAUAUGCUCGUGUGUGACUUGAUGGGGUUGUACAGUUGAAUUUGUCAAUAUGCUAACAUUCUAACAUGGUAAGAUCUACUAGUUAAGAUCACAAUCUGGAUUGAACUUAAUUUUUUGUCACCUUAGUGUUGUCUAUGUAAUGCUCCGGUGUUUAUAUAUGUGUAAAGCCUUUUUCCCCCUCCCUAUAGAGUAAACUUUUGAAAUGAAUUUUGAUGGUAUCAGUUGAAUCUACUAGUUGUAGAUGUAUUAAAUACAUAGCACUUUUGAGUUAAUAGUUGAGCUCUAGCUUUUUGUGAA